CGGAAUCAGAUGCGUGCUCGAUCGAUCACGCUACCGAACGCGCCGACGAUCAGCGGGUUCCGUCCGCCGUACGUUUCGGUAAUACGAGGUUGAAUUCCAAUUUUCCAUCACAAUCAGUUGCUUUCAAGUACACAUUACGCAUCUCCACCGAUCAGUGCAAAAAAAACGGUGGGAAAACCGGCGAAUAGUACAAUGCUGUAGUGGCGGUGCCGUUUUCUAUAACGUAAAUGCUCGUCUACCAGUUCGUUUAGAAUCGCCUGCUUAUCCACCGUCGAAAAAAUGAUAGUCACAACAAAUGUGUUAAAGGGAACUUUCCCGAAACGAAUGAUCGUUACGAUUAUGAUCUUCGUGGCCUGUACCGCGUCGUUCAUGCUGCGUGUUCAUAUGUCGAUAAAUCUCCUGGCAAUGGUACAACCAAUUACUGCUCCAUCCAGCAACAGUAGUCUCACCGUGCCGAACGCACCAACCUCGCUCUCCUCAACGCCCAACGGCACAGCGAACGCGACAUCCGACGGCGAUCUGAUCGUUCCGGCGCCGGUAGUGCCCGACUAUGGGCCACGCUACGGCUGGAACCAAAACAUGCAGAGCCACAUCCUGGGAGCGUACUUCUACGGUUACCUUCUAACGUCACUUCCGGCAGGACCAUUGGCGGAACGGUACGGACCUCAGCGGCUGAUCGGAUACUCCUUUCUGCUGUCCGCAGUGGUUACCGCCCUGUUUCCUCUGUUUGCCGCCAUCGAUGUGUGGAUCGUGAUUGCCGGACGCUUUCUGAUCGGUUUGCUAAGCGGCUGCGUUUAUCCCACGCUCCACAACGUCAUCUCGCGCUGGAUUCCUCCGAACGAGAAAAGUAAAGCGGUUGCCUGCAUUGCCGGCGGCAGUACCUUCGGAACGGUGAUUACGUGGCCAUUUGCCGGCCUGCUAACAGAACACUUCGGCUGGGUGUACGCUUUCUAUGUUCCAGCCUUUCUCUCCGCACUGGUUGGUGGUGUCUGGUUUUGGCUGGUGGCAGAUUCCCCGGCUGAGCACAAGACAAUCACAAAGGAGGAACGUGACCUGAUCGAGGCAUCCUUCGGUAACACGGUGUCGAAAACGAAGGCGAAACCCCCGCUGCUGAAAGUGAUCACGUCGCUACCGUUCAUCGCGCUCGUCCUGUCCCAUUACAGCAGCUUCUGGGGGCUAAACUUUUUCGUCACCCAAGCGCCCAAGUUCAUUAGCGAAGUGCUUGGCUUUAACCUAACCAACGCCGGUUUCCUCUCCAGCCUGCCCUAUUUGGCGCGCAUGUUUUCGGGAUUCUUUUUCGGCUACAUCGGCGAUUGGCUGCGGCGAAAGGAAAUUAUGGCCGUGACUGCUUUGCGCAAAUCGUUCAUUGUGUUCUCACAUUUCCUUCCAGGGGCCUUUCUGAUUGCACUUCCCUUCAUCGGGCAGGAUCCGAUCGUUACCGUUUCGUGCAUCAUUGCCUGUCUCGGCUUUAACGGAGCAUCGACCAUUACCAACCUGGUAAAUGCACAAGAUUUGGCCCCCAACUUUGCGGCCACUCUGUACGGCAUGAUGAACUUCCUUGCAACGACGGCCGGUUUCCUUGCACCCAUGGCAGUGGCUUACUUCACCAAGGAAAAGAACACGAUGGAGGAAUGGAAGUAUGUGUUUCUGCUGACCGCCGGCUUCUACAUUGUUUCCGGGAUCGUUUUUAUAAUUUUUGGAUCGGGAAAAGUGCAGAAAUGGAACGAAAUCAAGGAGCAACCUACGGGGGAGGCUGUAGUAGAACCGGAGGAUCGCAGUGUAAAGUUAUAAUAACAACAAAUUGUGCCGUUUUUCUGUUGAUAAGGUUUUUUUUUGUUAUUCUGCAUAAUAAACAUUUACUAAAAUCGAAAUAUGUAAAAA